AACAUUUGAAAACACACAGCAGAAAAUAAAUGAAAAUAGCUUAGAGGCUGUCUCAGUAUUUGAGCCCUAGUGUUAGCCGUAAAAAUCCAUCCACUUAUAUGUUAAUUGCCAAUUCUGCUGGUCAGUCUAUCUCAUUUUUUACAGGGGACACCUUCAAAGAAUAUAGAAAAUGCCUUUUCUGUGUUGCUUGAAUUAGCUGAAAUCAUGCGUUCAGCAGUGAUGGAAGAUUUAUCAAUACGCAGAGUUAGCCGCUGUUUCUUAAUACAAGUUUCCACCUCACUGACCCUUUUUGAGCCCUCAGUUGGCCAAACAGCUUCCACUGGUAGUUGUCCAGAAUUAAGGAGUUUGUGGAAUAAGUUCAAGUAAUGCCAGGCUCAAAUUGCUUCCACUGAAAGAGUCUAUAUGAUCACUUUCUGACAAGUAGAAGGCAUAAAGUAGCUGGAACAUAUUCCAGGAAGAAGGAUUCACCUCAAAAGACACACAAGAUAAACGCUUGCAUAGCUUUGGCUAAUAUCUGAAACUACAGCUGUUUAGAAGGUUGGUUGGUUGAUUGGUUUGUUUUUCUGAAUGGCAUGAAAAAUGAAGAGUAGUGUGGUUAAAAUGGAUCUUCAGAUAAUCAGUACCCUUACAAAAGUUAUAUGGAAGGUGAGUGUUUUGUUCUGUUUAAAUCAAGUCAUCCUGCUGUCAUUAGAAAUCUCAGAGGUUCAGCCUUGUGGAAGGUUUUAAAGGCAACACUUCACCAGUAAUCGGAUUAGAAGGACUUGCAUAGCUACAUGGUCUAAAAAAGAGAUAAAAGAAACCAGAGUUCAAACUUGCCACAAAGAAAAGCAGUGAGCUGUGUGGUGCACAAUCAACACACUGUUCUGAGACUUUGAUUGUGACAAUUACCUAAAGUAGGGAUGCCUGCAGAUUUCAAUGGUUACUGGAAAAUGGUCAGCAAUGACAAUUUUGAGGAGUAUCUGAAAGCAUUGGAUGUAAAUGUUGCUGUAAGAAAAAUAGCAAACUUGCUAAAGCCUGACAAAGAAAUCCUUCAGAAUGGGGAUCAUAUGAUCAUUAAAACACUAAGCACUUUUAGAAACUACAUCAUGGAAUUUGAUGUAGGAAAGGAGUUUGAGGAGGAUUUGGCUGGGGUGGAUGAUCGCAAAUGCAUGACCACAGUGUCUUGGGAUGGAGAUAAGCUUCUCUGUGUACAGAAUGGAGAAAAAGAAGGUCGUGGUUGGACCCAGUGGAUUGAAGGAGAUGAAAUGCACCUGGAAAUAAGAGUGUGUGGAGUCAAGUGUAAGCAGGUCUUUAAGAAGGUACAGUGACUCUACAGCUGAUACAGAAGUGAAGAACAGUAGAAUUUACAGACUUACCACCAAAUCUCCAAAUGCAAGUCAUGAACAUCAUCAGUGAUGUGAGCAAAUACAGAAAUGAAGAUCACAUUAGAACUGUAUAGCUAGAAUAAAAUAUUUUUAACAAAUAAUUUUAAAGAAAUAACUGCAAAUAAAACUAUUUUUAGAAAUGCCAAUUAAAGAUACUAAACACUACAAA